GCAAGUGUCCUGACUGACUGACUGACUGACUGACUGACUGACUGACUGACUGAUUCAUCAACGCAGAGCCGAAACUACAAAAGCCAGAAAGUUGAAAUUUGCACACCAGAUUGCAUUUAUAAAGUGUACAAGAGAUAAGAAGCGAUUUUGAGAAAUUCAACCCCUAAGGGGGUUAAAAAGGGGAUGAAAGUUUGUAUGGGGUUAAAGUUUUCUUUUAAGCUAGGAAUUUGAAACUUCGUAAAAAGAUAUAUUAUUAAAAUACAAGAAAACUAAUUUCAGCGUUUUUGAAAAUUCAUCCCCUAAGGUGGUGAAAAAGGGGUUGAAAGUUUGUAUGGAUAUCAAAAAAAAUUUCAAGCGGUGGACUUGAAUCUUUGUAUUUAGGGAUAUUAUUAGAAGACAGGAAAAGUAAUAUCAGCGUUUUGUAAAAUUCAUGUAACAGGGUUAAAAAGGGGUUGAAAAUUUUAAUCCAUUACAAAUGCUUUGAAACUUCGUAGAAAGGCAUAAUAGCCGAUUACAAAAAAAGUGAUUGCAACGUUUUUGGAAAUUCAACUCCUAAGGGGGUUAAAAAGGGGAUGAAAGUUCGUCUUCGGGUGCAAAUUUAUUUUAAGCUAGGAACUUGAAACUUUGUAAAAAAGUAUCAAAUUCAAAUACAAGAAAACUAUUUUCAGCGUUUUAGAAAAUUCAUCCCCCAAGGUGGUGGAAAAGGGGUUGAAAGUUUGUAUGGAUAUCAAAAAAUUUUUCGAGCGCAGGACUUGAAUCUUUGCAUUUGGAGAUAUUAUUAGAAGGCAAUAAAAGUAAUAUCAGCGUUUUGUAAAAUUCAACCCCUAACAGGGUUAAAAAGGGGAUGAAAGUUUGUAUGGGGUUAAAGUUUUCUUUUGAGCUAGGAAUUUGAAACUUCUUUAAAAGAUACAUUAUUAAAAUACAAGAAAACUAAUUUCAGCGUUUUUGAACAUUCAUCCCCUAAGAUGGUGAAAAAGGGAUUGAAAGUUUGUAUGGAUACCAAACAUUUUUUCGAGUGUGGGACUUGAAUCUUUGUAUUUAGGGAUAUUAUGACAAGACAGGAAAAGUAAUUUCAGCGUUUUGUAAAAUUCAUCCCCUAACAGGGUUAAAAAGGGGUUGAAAAUUUGAAUCCAUUACAAAUGGUUUUGAAACUUCUUAGAAAGGCAUAAUAGCCGAUUACAAAAAAAACAAUUACAACGUUUUUGGAAUUUCAACCCCUAAGGGAGUUAAAAAGGGGAUGAAAGUUCGUCUGCGCGUGCAAAUUUUAUUUUAAGCAAGGAACUUGAAACUUUAUAGAAAGGUAUUAAAUUAAAAUACAAGAAAACUAAUAUCAGCGUUUUUGAAAAUUCAUCCCCUAUGGUGGUGAAAACGAGGUUAAAAGUUUGUAUGGAUAUCAUAAUUUUUUCGAGCGUGGGAUUUCAAUCUUUGUAUUUGGGGAUAAUAUUAGAAGACAAUAAAAGAGAUUUCAGCGAUUUGUAAAAUUCAUCUCCUAACAGGGUUAAAAUGGGGUUCAAAGUUUGAAUCGAUUACAAAUGCUUUGAAACUUCUUAGAAAGACAUAAUAGCCGAUUACAAAAAAAGUAAUUGCAACGUUUUUGGAAAUUCAACCCCUAAGGGGGUUAAAAAGGGGAUAAAAGUUCGUCUUGGGGUGUAAAUUUAAUUUUAAGCUAGGAACUUGAACUUUAUGCAAAAAAGGUAUUAAAAUAAAAAAAAACAUGAAAACUAAUUCAAGCAUUUUUGAAAAUCAUCCCCCAAGGUGGUGAGAAAGGGGUUGAAAGUUUGUAUGGAGAUCAGAUAUUUUGUGAGUGCGGAACUUGAAUCUUUGUUUAAGGGCAUAGGUACCUAUUAUGAGAAUACAAGAAAAGUAAUUUCAGCAACCAACAUCAAAAUCCACUUGACUUAAAACUUCAUACAACUUGCUAAAAAAGAAAAGUACUUAAUUUCAACAUUGCUUGGAUAUGAAAAUGAUAAGUACUAAAGAUGUAAAAUGUUGAAGAUAAGAUUCCACGCGGACGAAGUCGCGGGCAACAGCUAGUCUUAUAUUAUAAUUUUCUCACUUCUAGAGCUAAGUGCAUGCCUGUUUCUUGCUGUUUGUUUACACGCGAGCAGGAGCCAAAGAAUCGUUUUCCAUACAUCUUCUUCACUUAGUUUAAGAGUUCAUAGCUACGGGCCUUUGUAUAUGUGCACACAGCUGCAAAAAUGCAUACCGUCUUUAUGAAUGGAUUCAUUCAUAUUGUGGGUAAGUACUUUUGAAGCUCUGUGUACAUACACUUUUUAGUAGGCACAAUAAACGUAUGUAGAUAAGUACAUAAUGUGAAGUUUCAGUUUAAUCGGAUAAUGGGAAGUGGGUCUAAUUUAACUUGCAAGAUUUGACCCGCACCAACAUAUUACAAACAAACAUUGCAAGUUAAAUAAAAGCUUGUAAAAAUAACAUUGAUAGAUAACAAAAGGUAGGGUAGUUGAUAGCAUAAACUCAAAUUCUACUGAAGGGUAUUGUUAUGGCAACGAAGUAAGCUUUGUCGAUGAGUGGUCGCAUAAACUGUAUUUGUGCGCCCUUCCCGUCAAGAGUGAAAUUAACAGUUCAAACUGGUUUUAGUAGUUAUUGUUAUUAGUGUAUAUUUGGAUCAGUGAUUUCGCUACAUAGAUCAACAUGGGUAAUACAGAAAGUAAUGUAACAAGUGGUGUCAAGAAACAGGCCGGUACUUGUACCCAGAAAAUAUAUAAGUUGGUUGACGUUAAGGGUGGAGGGUUGCUGGUGGACAUGAUGAAGCGAGCCGUGCAAAACAAGCAGUACGCGGAGAUCGACCACGCCAUCAAGACGAAGGUGGAGCCCUUCCUGUACAACAAGGGCAAGGGCCGCUACAUCCCCGUCUCGCACGUCGUGCUGCUGCGCAACAAGGAGCGGCCCAGGCACAAGCUGCUCCCGCCACUGCGCGGCAUGGAGAACCCGGACGAGGAGUUCGACAUAGAGAAGGACUGGCCGCACGUCACGCAGGAGGAGUACGACGCCAACCCCACCAACUACCGAGAGCUUUGCUGGGACCUCAAGGAGCGUGGCGCCGUGGGCGAGACGAUCCUGCACCUGUGCCUGCUGAACGCCACGUCGCUGCUGGCCGACCUGGCCAAGCGCCUGCUGCGCUUCUACCCCAAGCUCAUCAACGACGUGUACAUGAGCGACGAGUACUAUGGUGAGAGCGUGCUCCACAUGACAAUCACGAACGAGGAUCCGACGAUGGUGAAGUUCUUCCUGGACGCCGGCGCCGACUACCACGAACGCUGCUACGGCAACUUCAUGUGUCCCGAGGACCAGAAGGCCUCGCGCUCCGACUCGCAAGACCACGAGUGGGUGAAUGUGCAGUACAACACUAACUACGACGGGUACGUGUACUGGGGCGAGUACCCUCUGAGCUUCGCGGCGUGCCUGGGCCAGGAGGAGUGCUACCGGCUGAUCCUGGCGCGCGGCGCCAACCCCGACCUGCAGGACACCAACGGCAACACCGUGCUGCACAUGCUCGUCAUCUACCAGAAGAUGAGUACCUUCGACAUGGCGUACGAGGUGGGCGCGUCGCUGCAAAUACGCAACGUGCAGAACCUGACGCCGCUGACGCUGGCCGCUAAGCUGGCGCGCACGGAGCUGUUCUUCCACAUCCUCAACAUCGAGCGCGAGAUCUACUGGCAGAUCGGCGCCACCACGUGCGCCGCCUACCCGCUCGGCGGCGUCGACACCAUCGACACCGAGACCGGCCUCAUCAAUAAAGACUCUGCUCUUAACUUGGUUGUUUUUGGGGAGAAAGACGAGCAUCUGGAGCUGCUGGAAGGCAUGUUGAUCGACCUGCUGAAGACGAAGUGGAACACGUUCGUGAAGUUCCGGUUCUACCGGCAGUUUAUCCUGUUCUCGUGCUACUUCCUCGUCAGCCUGGUGUGCUUCACGCUGCGCCCCGGCCCGCCGCCUGACCGCGUCGCACUCAACACGACCACCAUCAAUUCUACUACUAAUAAUGAUACCGAAAUUGUUACCGAUGCGGAAAACUGCACAUCAUCGUUAAAUCCCAGUGAUAUAGACCCGGGGGCCGUGGAGAUAUUAAACGAAACUAAACCCGGCAGUGGACCAUGUGCUCGUUUUAAAAGCCACACCAAGGACAAGGACAAACCAACUGAACCACCAAAGGAAACCGACAUGGAAGACUGGUGGGAAGGACUCACAGAGGAGUGCAGACUGAUGAGUGUCGAUUCUUGGCAAGCAAAAGUUAGAAUUUCUGCAGAGCUUUUGCUUUGGUUAGGGGCGUUGGCUUACAUCGGAGCGGCGUUACGAGAAGCAAGAUUUCUUGGUUUAAAAAUGUUUGUUGAAAAUUUGAGCACUGUGCCAUCCAGGGUGAUGUUCCUGUUCUCGUGCCUGCUGAUGGUGGCGCUGCCGACGCUGCGGCUGUGGUGCGCCGACGAGGCGGAAGAUCACCUCGCCGUCAUCAUUAUGCUCACCACUGCACCCUACUUUCUUUUCUUCUGCAGAGGUUUCAAGACUGUGGGUCCGUUCGUGGUGAUGAUUUACAGGAUGGUGAUGGGAGACUUGCUGCGGUUCGUCUGCAUUUAUCUAGUGUUCGUAAUGGGGUUUUCUCAAGCAUAUUACAUAAUCUUCCUGUCGUUCGACAAUCCGAACACGCCGGAGGGCGUGGACGACUCGGUGUCGAACCCCAUGCCGUCGCCCAUGGAGAGCAUCAUGGCCAUGUUCCUCAUGUCGCUCACCUCCUUCUCCGACUAUUACGGCGCAUUUGACCGCACCGACCACGAGAUUGAAGCUAAACUCCUCUUCGUAAUAUACAUGAUUAUAGUGGCCAUCCUACUCGUAAACAUGUUGAUCGCCAUGAUGGGCAACACGUACCAGAAGAUCGCGGAGACGCGCAACGAGUGGCAGCGGCAGUGGGCGCGCAUCGUGCUGGUGGUGGAGCGCGGCGUGCCGCCGGCGCAGCGCCUCCGCCAACUCAUGUCCUACUCGCAGCCAAUGGCCAGCGGCAAGCGAGCACUGGUCUUGAGGAUCAACCAAAAGGAUGAGGACAAAGAAGAAAUGAAAGAGAUCCUGGAAAUGAAGCGGACUCACGAGCGUAUCGUGGCCAAGAGGCAGCAACGAGCGGCCGACCUGCAGGCAUCGCAUGGCCGCGCGCCCCCGCCACCCGUCCGCGAUUACCCUAUUAGAAAAUAAACAAGCAUUGUAACCAGACCAGUGGCGUAA